CCGUAAUAAAUGCGAUUCAAGCCGCUUAGGCCAAGAGCUCUAUUGAAUUCCUUACAGUCUAGAGAAUACGUUUCCACAAUGAACUACUUCGUGCUGCUCUGCAUUUUCUCCUGCAUUUGCCUCCUUCGAUUCGGCGAUGCUGCCCCCUACAUAAGCGUUCAGUCUAGUUCGCGAUCGAGAUCCCGGAAAUUGAUUGGCGGCAUGCUAAGAACCGUGUACGACUACAAUGUUCAGGACAGUGUGAAUGAUUUGAGUGGGCAGUUGGUACACACUCGCAACGCAAACUUCAACUCGGAUGUCAUGAGUCCGGAUGAGCUGAAGAAAAUCCGCCAGCAGCUGAUCAUCAGCCAGUAAUAAAUGUCUUUAGACAUUUUAUUUUAUUUUUGUAUCUUUUAUUUUACAUGCUUUUUAUACGCAAUUACUUCAAGAAAAAAAGUAUGCAUCUAUACAAUAUAUAAUAUAUGUCACUAAAAGUAUAUGAUAACCGCAAUAAAAUAUUUACCACAUUAUCUUAGUUACAGCA